AUGGGUAGCGAGCCCAUUUCCGAGAAGAAAGUGCGUGAGCCAUUCUCACGUGCGAUGAAAGAUGAGCCGAUAUCCAACGAGCAACGACUGAAAGAACUAUGGCAUAUAUUGGAUCUACUAGAAAUUGAGUACAAGAAAACAUCGGAUCUCCACACUCUUAUCUCAUCUGUAUCCGAGUCAUUGACACUUGUCUGGAAGCGGAGAGACCCCAAGUCAGAGCUGGCUCUGAAAGGAUUACUGCUGAUAUUGGAGUACUGUUUGAGUCAUGUGUUCGAUGGACAUUCAGUUUUCGAGGUGUUUGUGACGUCGUUGGGAUUUAAUACUGUCAUUUUUUGGAAACACUGUGCCGGCUACAUCUUCGACUCAGACUUGGGUAGAGGUACCAAGUUCCGUGACGCUCUUCUAUUCUCAUUGACCCUCUACGACGUGAAUACGGGCAAAAAUCGGUUGAGAGAACUCUACGCGGCAGUCCCCGGAAUCCGCAAAUCGUUACUUGGAGUGAACGCCAAGCAGUUCGGUGAACGGUACCAUCAUUUGCAGAAGCGAUUGGCAAAAUACGGAUCACAGUCCUCGUUGUGCAGUGUCUCGAGUGAAAGUGAUGCGGAGGAAGCAUUCCACGUUCGUUCCGGAAACCAUUCUGAAAGUGACGGUGAAGAAGAUUCCAAGAAACCACGCAGCGGUUUAGCCACCCCACAUUUCCAGCAACGUGUAAUCAAUGUGUCGAAUGCACCGCCUGUUUCUUUGAAACGUGAAAAAACUGGGGACUGGGAGAUUAAGCAAGGGUCAGGUGGACUUGUGGCGUGUGUCGAUCCGGUGAUGUCGAAGGAUCAUGAGAAUUUGUGGUUGGCGAAUUUGGGAAUGAAUAUUAAUGAUAAGAAGAAUAAGAAACCCGGCUCCGUUGCCUCCGAAUCGUUCCCCUCCACCAACACUCUCGGUCUCCCACUCAUCAAACAAACCAUCGCAGAAGUCUUCUUCCACGUCCUAGCCGACGAUGAUAUGGAUGCUCCAAAGAACGAAAAACAAAAGAAAGCCCGUGAGGAGAUGUCUCUGCUGGGAGUGCUCAAUAAUUAUAAUCGUGGAAAUUACAAGUUGAAUCCAGUAGUUGUUCAAGAGGAUGACUAUAAUGUGUACUAUGGAGGGAUUAGUAAUGGUUUGCUGUGGCCAGCACUCCACAAUCUACCAGAAUACAUUGUAAGUGAGUAUAAUGACGAGAAGAUCCUCCGUGCUCAUUGGUGUGCCUACGUUCGUGUCAACUACCAAUUCGCUAUCGACGCCGUGCGUAACAGUCGUCCACAGGACUUUAUAUGGAUCCAUGACUACCAUUUGAUGCUCGUCGGUAUGAUUAUGCAGUCGUUGGAUCAACAUCUGGAAGUCGGAUUCUUCUUGCAUAUCCCAUUCCAACCACCUGGAGAGUUCUUUUCCAAAUACUCGACUGUCGGGUUUGCAGUUCUUCGUGGGUUGUUGAGAUUCACAAAAGUUGGAUUCCAAACUCAUAGAGACCGUACCAAGUAUAUCGAGUUGGUGCAGCAUUAUUUUGGAACCGCGAAGAUUGUGUAUGAUAAUAAGAUGGAUAUUUAUUCGGUAACCAACGAAGGAUGGACAUGUUCCCUCGGCGUCUUCCCAGUCAGUAUCAAAAACGACGACUUCCUGAAGUUCGUGGACCUUCCCGAAACCAUCAAACUCAAAAAUGACAUCCGAAAACGAGUGAUGGGAGACCACCCCACCCCCGACGGCCGCUUCUUUUUCUCCGUCGAACGAUUCGACUACACCAAGGGAAUAAUGGAGAAGCUUCAGGCCUAUCAAAGAUAUUUCGAGCGCCAUCCGGAUAGAAUCGGGAAGGAUGUACUGUAUCAGAUUGCGGUGACGAAUAGAAGAAGUGUGGAUACUUAUAGAGUCUAUCAGGACGAGUGUAUUGAUCUAGCAGAUCGGAUCAAUCAAACCUUCAAGUCAUCUGAAAACCCAUCAUGGAAACCGUUGAUAUUCCAAACCGAUGGAAUGCAGAGAAGCGAGUUGGUUGCUGCCUAUCUCGCUAUGGACAUCGGAGUGGUCACCCCGAAAAAAGACGGAAUGAAUCUGGUAGCCAAGGAGAUGUUGGUCUGCAACCCUACUGCUGGCCUCGUGCUCUCCACCGGUGCAGGCUCGGAAAUCCAGUUCACUACCGCCGGGUUGUAUACGGAUAAGGAGAAAAACUAUCACAGAAUAUCAAAUGUGUUCGAUGCCGAUUCGUAUUGUGAUGCGUUUUAUGAAGCUGCUUUGGAGAGUGAGGCGGUACGGGCGGAGCAUGGAAAGAGGUUGCACGAGUUUAUAAUGGCCAAUGAUAUCGAAAGAUGGAGCAGCGCGUUUUUGGAUCCAAGUUGGACCCAUGAGGUUAUAAGACCUACUCAGAUUGAAACCCUCGACGACUUCUUCUCCCUCAUGAUGAAAACGCGAAACGUCCGCCGUCAAAUCGUGGGUCGAGUUCUCAAAGGGAUUCCCAUCCGUUCCCAUUUCGCAAUUUCCCUCCGGAACGCCAAAGAGUCCCUGGAACAAAUCUGUAAACCUGGAACCCAUACAGCUGAAUUCAAGUCGAGUCCUGAUUCCGAUGAAGUCGCUCAUUUCGAAAUUGACAACGAGUUGCAAGAGUUCGAGAGAGAUUUGUCGUUUAUCGAGUAUGUGCAGAGUGAUGAUGCGGAUAAUGUCGAGCAGUUUGUGGAUCACAUGUGA